GGAGGCGCCGCUCACGGCCGGGGCGGGCGCGGCGCCGCCGCCAUUGGCGGCCCGGCCGUGCCACUCAGAGCCGCCGGGGCGUGGGCGGCGGCGGCGCGGGGCCGGGGGGAGCCGCGGGGCCGUGAGCGGGGUAGGCUGCGCCCGUACUUAAGCGCGCUGCCCGAGCCGCUGACGUCUUUCGAAUUGGAGACGGGCUGCCCCCCUCCCGCCCCGGGCUCCCGCGGACACGGCCGGGGACGGAGCCAAGGUACGAGUGUCUGUCUAGAAUGUCCAGGCAUGCAAGAAAGCUUAGAGAUCAGGAUAUAAAUCCAUGUGUAGCGGAAACAGAUGCCACUACAAAAUGUAUGGAUGACAACAACUAUAACAAGGAUCUGUGUAGCGAUUAUUUUUUGAAGUACAAAAACUGCAGAAAAUUCUGGCAUGGAAUUAUGAUGCAAAGAAAGAGAAAUGGUGUGAAACCAGAGAUGCCCUCAGCAGAAGAAAGAAAGAAAAUCUUGGAAUCAAUGGGGAAGCCCUACUGACUAGAAACCUAAAUUUGAUUGACUGUUGUCACUGUACAUAUGAAGAUGUAGAAGCAGCAAGUUACCAUUUUAUCAACUGGAUUUUACAGUUGCCAUAUCUUGGAUUAAAAAAAAAAGAUCUUAAAUUUUGAAA